AGGCGUGAGGCGCCGUUAUCUACGCCGAUCGGACGCUGCACCACUAUAAAUCGAAACAAUCAGCGUACUCGACACACUGUUAGCCGGGCACCGCAGCAGGAGCCUCCCCAAACCAGCCUCCGUCGGACUCCAGAGCGAUCAUGUUGCGCGCCGUUUUGUUGGCGGCGCUGUUGGCGGCCGCCGCCGCGAACGUCGUCAGGGUCGCCGACAGGGACGACCUGGUCGCCGACGUGGCCGACGUGGCCGACGAGGACGCCGACCGCUACCGGGUGCCCGACGGCAUGCUGUGGGGCGCCGGCGUCUCGGCGCUGCAGACCGAGGGGGCGUGGGACGCCGAUGGCAAGGCGGAGAGUGUGGCAGACCACGUGAUCUUCAAGGGCAACCUGCCCACCUACACGGUGAACCACGCCAUUGCCGCCGACUCCUACCACCGCUUCAAGGAGGAUGUCGCCGCGGCCAAGCAGCUCAAGCUCAAGAUGUACAAGUUCUCCAUCUCGUGGGCGCGCGUGCUGCCGGAGGCGAACGCCCUGAAGCCGAACCCCGCGGGCGUCCAGUUCUACCACAACCUCAUCGACGAGAUCAUCAAAGCCGGCAUGACCCCGGUGGUGACCAUGUACCACUUCGACCACCCGCAAAUCCUCGAGGACCAGUUCAAGGGCUGGCAGUCGCGCGAGAUGGUGUACAAGUUCGCCGAGUACAGCAAGUUCAUCUUCGACGAGUACGCCAGCAAGGUGCCCAUCUUCGUGACCAUCAACGAGCCCAACAUGUACUGCGCCUACUUCACGGCGCAGUUCGUGGCGGCGGGCUUCCGCACGGAGGCCGAGGUGGACCCCUACCAGUGCAUCCACAACAACAUCCUGGCGCACCAGGCCGCCUACCAGUUCUACCAGCAGGGCGUGAAGGCCGGCAAAUGGAACGGUAAGGUCGGCUACUCCACCCUGCUGAUGCAGACCAACCCCGCGACCUCGAACCCCGAGGACGUGUACGCCACCGACAUCUUCAACCAGCUGCACGCCGGCACAUCGCUCGCCCCCGUCGUCUACGGCGACUACCCCCAGUCCAUCAAGACCCUGCUCGGCGACAAGCUGCCCAAGUUCACGGACGUGGAGAAGAGGGAUCUCGUAGACUCCACCGACUUCAUCGGCCUCAACAUCUACUUCAGCUUGUCGGCCUCGUACAACAGGUUCAUGAACUCGACGUCGAGUGGCGUCAUGAGCAUGGUGCUGGGGCAGAUGACCAACGACAUCCCCUUCAUCGACGUCGCCAUGAACGUCCCUGGCGGCGGGAGCCCCAUGGCCGCCUUCACCACGAUCAACCCCAGCACCAUCCGGGACGCGCUGCUGUGGACCUGGAAGUCGUACCAGAAGCCGAUCGUCAUCACCGAGAACGGCUACGGCGACAUGAUGGGCAUGGGCCUGCACGACAAGACUCGCGCGGCGUACUUCAGCGCCUACCUGCGGUCCCUCGUGACGACCGUCAAGGACUACGGCGUCCAAGUGCUGGCCUACAGUGCCUGGAGCCUGCUCGACUCCUUCGAGUUCUCCGGCGGAUACUCGCGGCCCUUCGGACUCGUGCACAUAGACUACGAGGGCCAAACCCUCGACCGCGCCAUCAAGGACUCGUCCUCGUUCUGGACGCAGCUGGCGGAGACGAACGUGGUGCCCUACGUGGAGAACCCCGCCGACGCCUCCACCACGGCCGCGCCCACCAAGCCGCCCACCAAGCCGCCGACCAACCCGCCGACCACCGACCGCACGACCCCCAAGUCCGGGACGACCCAGGCUCCAGUGUCCACCACCCAACGCAACAGUGCAGCCACCGCCACCGUCACCGCCCUGCCCCUGGCGCUGCUGGCUUGGCUGCUGCUGGCCAGAUAAACACAAACCCCCUUUUGAAGCGCUCGCCAAAUCAUUUUAUUUAUUUCCUCUUUAAAAGCAAUAAACCCUUUACAAACGAA